AUGAGAUUGAGUUCCACGAAUAUGCAGGCUAGAAAGAUGUUAUUUGCUGCUAUUCUAUCUAUUUGUGCAUUAAGUUCGAAGAAGAUCUCAAUCUGUAAUGAAGAAAUGAUAGUAGCUCGUUGUUUUAUAGGCUUUAUCAUAUUCAGUCGGAAGAGUUUAGGUAAGACUUUCAAAGUGACUCUCGAUGGGAGAAUCCAGGCUAUUCAGGAAGAAUCGCAGCAAUUCCCCAAUCCUAACGAAGUAGUUCCUCCGGAAUCCAAUGAACAACAACGAUUACUUAGGAUCAGCUUGGGUGUUACAUUGCGAAUUUGUGGCACCGUAGUAGAAUCAUUACCAAUGGCACGCUGUGCGCCUAAGUGCGAAAAGACAGUGCAAGCUUUGUUAUGCCGAAACCUAAAUGUUAAGUCAGCAACACUUUCAAAUGCCACUUCUUCCCGUCGCAUCCGUCUUCAGGACGAUCUAGUCACAGGUUUUCACUUCUCAGUGAGUGAAAGAUUUGUCCCCGGGUGUACAUUGAAAGCUUCUAUAGUAGAACUCAUUCGAGAGGGCUUGGUGGUCUUAAGAAUGGUUCGGGUGGGGGGUUCUCUUAAGAAUAAAGAAGAUGAAUAGAAUCUAAUUCAUGUUCAUGCUAACAGAAGAGCGGAUCCAAUACCAAGACGACUUC